CUUCCGUACGCACUUCUGUCAGAGCAAUGGUCGGAGUUUCUUCCGCCCCUUCCAUUUGAUACGGGAUCCGUGCAGUCAAGCUUUUGUGCCUUGCUGUUUUGCUCCUCAAUAUUGACGGAGUGGAGACUCCAGGGCGAUGGCCUUUCAGCACCAGCCCGGCACAGCUAUGCAGUGCUUGAGUAUCCCUAUAAAGCUUGCAAAGGAGGUUGGCAUCGACUCCGAAGGCAGGGAAGUGAUGAAAUGCGGAUUCAAGAUUGGAGGUGGCAUCGAUCAGGACUUCACACGUAGCCCGCAAGGAUAUACCGAUAACGGCAUCUACGUAACCGAAGUUUACGAGAGCAGCCCUGCAGCCAAGUGCGGUCUCAAAGUGCACGACAAGAUCCUGCAGGUGAACGGCUACGACUUUACUAUGGUGACGCACAAGAAGGCUGUCGAGUACAUCAAGAAACACCCUGUGCUCAACAUGCUGAUAGCGAGGAAGGGAGUGACUCAUUCCUGAAGAAUUUUCUGGGACAACUGUUGAGCACUCCCAAAUCCUGACAUUGAGUUCUGAAAAAGUACUCUCUCCAAUUUCUUAGCUGAUACAUCACAUAUUCAUUGCUUGUCAUUUUCUCAGUGUUCAUUUUUGUGUUCUCGUGAGCAUCGUGAUACUGUACUUCAUUUUAGGCUAGUAGUGUACUGUUGGUCACACCAGUGUCUACGCCUUGGCCACUCCUUGACAUUUUACUUUACUUUUGGCACUUCACCUGUUUUAGUUUAAUCAACUGACAUAGUGUUUAAUAGUGCAGCUGAUACUAUUUAUAGGACUUUGGCCUACUUUCAGGGAUCAUGUUUGCACAAGGAGGCAGAAUUUAUAAGUUUUUGUGCUCCAUUACAUUUUACAAGGAAUUGUGGGUGCACUGCAUUUUGCACCUUGCAUGGUGCUGUCCCCUCAAGUGCACCUGGUUACUUAAAUAUAUGCUAAUGCUUCCCACCUCUAUGUUACGUUUUUUUUUUUUUUUUUUUUUGCAGUUCUAUUGUACACAUUUCAAGGCUGCACUUCUGCAGAUCUCAACAAAACAAAGUACAUCAGUCUUGCCAUCAGUCUAGAUGCAGUGGCAAGACGUUUUGUAAUAAGUCUUAUAGUACCUUUUCUUCAUUUUGCUUGCUUUCUGCCUUGACCUGUGAAAUCAAACCAUGACAAGCGCAGGCUGCAGUGGCUACGACUCGAUUCCUGGCUGCCGCAUUCCAAUGGAGGUGAAAAGGAGAAGCAUUUAUGUAACAUGUUUUGGGCAUUCAUGAAAGGAUGUCAGGAGGUCAAAAUUAAUCUAGAAUGCUCCACAACAUCUCAAAUAGCCCCUCUGUUUUAAGAUAAAUCCUAUCAAUAAAACCAUAAUUAUAGUGAGAGAUUCCAUGACACACACUUUGCAGCGUAAUGCAAAUUCCAGCCAAGGGUACAUGAUAUAACCAGCUACCCAUGUGCCCAACAUAGUUACUAAAUUUUGGGAAGUUGUUCUACAAGCCACCCAUACUUCCAGAUAAAAUGUAUAAUAGCCCCAUUGUUGUGAAAAAAAUGUAUUGCAGUACUGCCACUUGUUAUCAAGACUUCACAAUGGGCAAUGCACAUGCUUACUCUUAGUACUGUUGAUGUCAAAACUGCUCUUCUCAUAGAACAUUUGUUCAUAGUCCUCGCAAUCUUUCAACAAUGGAACAGCUUCACACAGCUACCUCUUAAUGGUUCAGAUGAGAAAGUAGAGUGGUACUUAGAAGUUGGAAGUCUUGAUCAAGCUCAGACAAAAUUAUUAAAUCUAGCUGUUGAGCUUCAAGGAAGUUAUGCAGCUGCAUCCAUGUGGCUGCAUACUGAUUCAUGUUGAUCAUUUUAUUCCUAUGCUGCCACUGACAUGUUAGGGAUGGUAUCCUCAGACAAUCACUUUCAGGGCUACUUGUGCGACUAGCACCCGACAUAUUGGCCCCUGCAGGUGACGGUGCCCCUGGCGCUUUACUAGGACAACCUGCUUGGCUCUGUGCCACGAAUGGUGUCAGUUGUAGACACCAUUAGUCUACUGCUAUUCAUGCCAGUGAAAGUAUCCCCAAAAGCAAUCGUCUGAGAAUACUGCCCCAUGAUGCAGAACGAGAUGUGCUGGUUGUUUCCAUGCGCAAUGCUGCAGCACCUUCGCUGCAUUUCAGUUCUAUGUGCUGUAGAAGGAAAAAGGUGGAAGUGCUGUUCUGGCUGUCUGCAUUUUCUCCAGUGACUGCCUUUAUGAGAGCCCUCGGUCGUCAAGGUAUCUAAUGCACUGCCCAUAUGACCGCCGAUUUAUCUACCAUAUACAGGCAUUAUAAAGAAGUACUGCACUUUGUAUAGUUGUUGUACGAAAAUGGUAAUUACAGUUGGGUUAAUUUCCAGUUAAGAACAUCCUGUGUAUGAAAUAUUCCACAUGUGCGUUUGAAAGCAAAUGAGCUUCAAUACCAUUACUGUUGUGGGACAAUGUGUACUUGAAUGUGAAACUUUCUAAAACUGUUAAAACGUACCUUAUAGCAGCAUAGCAAGCGCCCAAAUGCAAUUCUUGUUGCCUUGGUGUAUGUUUAAGUAGGCAUGGUUGAAAGGGUAGCUUUACGUCAACACUGCUUUUAAUAGGUGAUAAAGUGCUCACCUGUUGCUUAUUGGUGUGUUGGCAUUAGCUGCAACUUUGUUGUGUUGUGUGUUACAUGUAGAGCCACCAAAGUUUUAAUAUAUAGACAUAUUAUACAAAGAAUGCAUAUUGUAUACAUUAUAUAGCCCUGUUAGUCAGUCUGUGUUGGUUGCUGUGCUGUAUUGUGAAAAUACUUAGGGUUUUUAUUAUUAUUAUCAUCGUUUGUUUUUGGACAUUAUGAGCAACAUUUGCACUAUGAGUGCAUAUUUACAUUCCAGUUAUAUUAGACUACCAGAAUUACGGUGGUAACUAAACUUCAUGCCCCUAGCUUUUUGUAUUUUUCCAUCAUUUUUCGAUUCGCUUUGGAAACUGCUCUCCAUCUUAUGUGAUCACUUUCAAACUUCUUUUCCAGCACAUUCUUAUAGAUGCCUCUGAGAAAUUACUGUUUUCGAAGGAAAUAAAACUUGGUUGUUUGACUGA